UGAGCAUCGAAAAUUAAUGCAUGCAGGUCCCCAAUUAUUAUUGGCUACAAUAAGAGAAACUUACUGGCCUUUGGGUGGUCGCAAAUUAGCCAGAUUAUGCUAUCGUCAGUGCGUUCGCUGUCAACGUUUUAAGGGACAAGUUGUUCAAACACAAAUGGGCAAUUUGCCAUCAAACAGAUUGUCACCAGCUGACUUUCCUUUUCAAAGUGUAGGCGUUGACUACGCGGGUCCCAUAACAUCGGUUAAUCGUCAAGGUCGUGGAUGUAAACUAAUGAAAGUUUAUAUUGUAAUUUUUGUGUGCUUUACGACUAAAGCCAUACAUUUAGAAUUAGCGGGCAAUUUGACGAGCAGCAACUACUUACAGGCUUUGCGUAGGUUUAUGUCCCGAAGAGGAAAGCCUCUUCAUAUUUAUUCAGACAAUGGGACAUCAUUUGUAGGAGCCUAUCAUGAUCUCUCUACAUUCCUUAAGCGCAAUUGUAACUCCUUAGCUGAAGAUGCGGCUCAUGAUGGAAUCAAUUUCCACUUUAUUCCUGCCUACGCCCCACAUUUUGGUGGUCUUUGGGAGGCGGGUGUUAAAUCCACUAAACAUCAUUUAGUUAGAGUGCUGGGCAAUUGUCACUUAACUUAUGAGGAGCUAAACUCCACCUUAAUCCAAAUAGAGGCAAUUUUAAAUUCUCGACCGCUCACUCCGCUGUCAUCAGACGCUGAAGAUUUGCUGCCGCUGACUCCAGGUCAUUUUUUAAUCGGAAGACCAGUUACUUCACUACCUGUUCAAAACUUGCGGGACUGCUCUUAUGACCACCUGACUCGGCAUCAAAGGAUCGAGCAACUCAGGCAACAUUUCUGGGUGAGAUGGAGCAAAACUUCAGAAAAGAGUCAAAUGGCAGAGUGGCAAAGAUUAUCAUUUAAAAAUCGACGCCCUUGUCAUCAUCAAGGACGACUAUUUACCACCAAUUAAAUGGAAGAUGGGCCGAAUCAUAGCACUACACCCUGGUACUGAUAAUAUCUGCAGGGUGGCUG